AUGUCCACUUUAGAAUUAUGUGAAAAGUUGUUUGGUACCAGAGAUAUUUAUAAAUUAUUUGAUAUACCGAAAACUGCCACGGAUAAUCAAAUUAAGAAAGCAUACUAUAAAUUGUCUCUGAAAGUACAUCCAGACCGAGUUGCAAACAAUGAAAAGGAAACUGCUACGGAGAAGUUUAAAUUGCUAUCAAAGCUAUAUCAAGUCCUUACCGAUAGUGGGAAACGGGCCUUAUAUGAUGAACGCAAUAUGAUUGACGAUGAUGAUGUGGAAAAUGAUGAACUUGUUGAUGAAAUGUCGCAGUGGUUUGUUGUUGAAGAGGGGCCGAGCGAUGAAUUAGUGUUCAGUAUGCAGGAAAAUAUAGAACCAAAAUGCACAUGGACACACAAUUCCACUAAAGAGUUGCUGUCACUGGUUUCAACAAACAUCAAAAUGGUUGGAAAAUGCCGACAGUUGAGGAGUAAAGCCAUGAUGUGGAAAUUUAUUUCCACAUCCAUGAGCGCAGUAGGCUACUUAUUUACUCCAAAUCAGGUGCAAUCAAAAUUCAGGGCUAUGGAGCGACAGUAUAAAAGGGUUAAGUUGAACAACAGCCAAACUGGAAGAAAUCGAAUGGUUUCCCCUUACCAAAGUGAACUGGAUGAAAUACUAUCCAGUAAUAGGAGUAUUAAUCCCGAGUUCACUCUGGAUGAGAGCGCGUCUUGUAGCACUAGCUUUGUUUCAGCCCGUACCACAGAUAAAGAGAAAAGACCCAGUCGUCGUACCGGUGGUGCAACAGCAAUAUUGGCCGGCAUGAGGGAAGACCGUCAACAACAUUAUAAAAAUGUUGAACGAAUAUUGCAGGAAAACAAUGAAAGACUGGUAAAUAUUGAAGAAAGAAAACUGGGGCUGCUGGAAGAAAUUGUAAAAAAUCUUUAUGAUAUGUUUAGUUAG